AGAGGCCGGAACAAGAUAAUUUAACCACCGGUAGAGGUCAAACUUGGACAUCGAUCGAAGAGAUGGCGUUAGCAAGGGCGUGGACCAAUACGUCUACGUGUCCGAUCGUAGGUAAUAAUCAAAAGUCUGAUAGUUUUUUGAAGGAGGUUUGCAACAAAUUUCAUGCUUUGAUGCAAAAAGAACCGUACCGAAAAGUGAACUCAAUAGGCUCAAAGUAUCGAGAGAUGAAUAAGAAGAUAUCGGCAUUUUGUGGUUAUUACAACAAUGCUCAUUCGAAUCGGCCAAGUGGGGCGAGUGAUGAAACGGUUUUUGCCAUAACUAUGUCAAAAUACCAUACGAAAGAAGGUAGUGCGUUCACAUACGUAGGGGCUUGGGAAAUCUUUAAAAAUUGUUCCAAGUGGGCGCCGGUUCCUAACGAGGUGGUAAGGGCAAAAAGGUCUAAAACAUUCGAGUCGAUGGAGCAUAGUUCCGGUGAUUCGGAUGUACAUUGCCAUAUUAAUAUUAAUGAUGAAACCGAGUUUGAUGAUGAUGUGUGUCGGUUGACAGAGAUUCCGGAAUUGAAGCGCGCAAAUGGUAGAGACAAAGCAAAAAAGGAAGCGGCGGCCAAAAAGAAAGAGGCGUUGACAAAAAAUGAAUCUCCGAGUGAAACAAAGGUGGAUAAGUUGAUGAGCAAGGUCACCGAAUUUAACGAAAUACUAGCGGUAAGACUUAAAUUGAAAGAAAAAGAAAUGCAAGAAGCGGCCGAUCGUGAAGACUUUAAGCUAAUGGCGACAAACAUCGAAUCGCUCCCAGAAAAAUAUAAAGAAGUGUUGCAAAAAAUGAAGGCGAAAAUUGCUCAAAAAUGGGGUCUUUAA